AAAGGGCGGCUGUUAACAGGCUCCCCCUGUGCCCGGGGUUAGCUGCGCGAAGUGAGGCGGGAGCAGAGCUCUCUGCUCUCCAGGGGGCACGGAGACGGAAGCCGCUCCUCGCUUGCCACAUUACAUCCAUUUGCUGAGUGUGUGUGUGCAGCGUCCAGUCCCGCUGCCCGCCGCUCCCUGGAAGUUGGGAAGCGCUUCGCCAGCCGGAGACACGCCUUCCUUUCCCCCCACAACUUUAGCGUCUCCUCAGUUACCAACAUGCCGGAUUACAAACGCCGCGGAGAAGGGAGCAAACCCACCAGCCCGCGGGGGUGGUGAGCAGCGCCGGGGCGUGCCGACAACAGUGUGAAGUGAAGGAGUUUCCUGCACAUGGACAAAAGCUGAAAGUUGCCUUCAUCUUUUAUUUGUAAAGCUGAAAUGAAAGAUUUAGAUUCUGAUGAACUUGAUGUAGCUGCUCUCCAUGUCUGUGCUAACUGCCAUAUGAGGUAAGAGAAACUGAACAUGCCUCGCAGUCCAACAUCAAGUGAAGAUGAGAUGGCACAAAGCUUUUCAGAUUAUUCUGUCGAAUCUGAAUCAGACAGCUCCAAAGAAGAAACUAUUUAUGAUACUAUCAGGGCUACAUCAGAGAAACUAAGCAGCAGAAUGGAAGACAAUAGGAGCAACACAUUAGUGAUACGAAUUAUAAUACCUGACCUACAGCAAACGAAAUGCAUUAGAUUUAAUCCUGAAGCUUCAGUGUGGGUAGCAAAACAACGAAUUUUAUGCACUUUGAAUCAGAGUUUGAAAGAUGUCCUGAAUUAUGGGCUGUUUCAGCCUGCCAGCAACGGGAGAGAUGGGAAAUUUUUGGAUGAGGAACGACUCCUUAGGGAAUAUCCACAACCAGUGAAUAAAGGUGUUCCUUCCUUAGAGUUUCGGUACAAGAAGAGAGUGUAUAAGCAAUUAAAUCUUGAUGAAAAACAGCUGGCCAAGCUUCAUACAAAGGCUAAUUUGAGAAAAUUUAUGGAUCAUGUUUACCAUCUCUCAGUGGAAAAAAUCACCAAGAUGUUGGAUCGGGGACUAGAUCCUAACUACCAUGACCUAGAGAGUGGAGAAACUCCUCUAACUUUGGCAGCUCAGCAUGAUACUACUCUAGAAGUAAUCAAAGCUCUGAAAAAUGGAGGGGCACAUUUAGAUUUCAGAGCCAAAGAUGGAAUGACAGCUCUGCACAAAGCAGCUAGAGCCAAGAACCAAGUAACCCUCAAGACCCUUUUAGAGCUUGGAGCAUCUCCUAACUACAAGGACAGCUGUGGAUUGACACCACUAUACCACACCACUGUAGUAGGAGGAGACCCUUAUUGUUGUGAACUUUUACUUCAUGAACAUGCUACAGUCAGCUGCAAAGAUGAAAAUGGAUGGCAAGAGAUUCAUCAGGCUUGCCGAUAUGGACAUGUCCAGCAUUUAGAACACUUACUUUUUUAUGGAGCAGAUAUGGGAGCACAGAAUGCCUCAGGAAAUACAGCAUUGCAUAUUUGUGCCCUUUAUAACCAGGACAGCUGUGCAAGAGUUCUGUUGUUUCGAGGAGCCAACAAGGAGUUAAAGAAUUAUAACAGCCAAUCUUCGUUUCAGGUGGCCAUAAUAGCAGGAAAUUUUGAGCUGGCUGAAUAUAUCAAAAAUCACAAGGAAACAGAUAUUGUGCCAUUUAGAGAGGCCCCUACCUAUUCAAACAGGAGGCGAAGGCCCCAAAGCACCUUGGCAGCACCUCGUGUCUUACUUCGUUCCAACAGCGAUAACAAUCUGAACAUCAACAACAUCCCUGACUGGUCAGCUUCAUCAUCUGCUUCUUCACACCGCAGCCUUUCACCUCACCUACUUCAACAGAUGCAGAAUAAUCCUAAUGGAACUGUAAAAACUGUUGGGAGUUAUACCCCAUCCUCUCGGAGUCGGUCGCCAUCAUUAAACAGGGUAGGAGAGGAUGCAAAAAGACAGCAACAUAGGCACAUCAGUGCCGGUUAUAAUCCCAGUGCCAACAAGGAUGCUAUCGCUGCCUUGGAUUAUCAGGGUCCAAAACGCAAACUUUACAGUGCUGUACCUGGAAGACUUUUUAUUGUCGUCAAGCCAUAUCAACCUCAAGGAGAAGGAGAGAUUCAUCUGCACAAAGGGGACAGGGUGAAAGUUUUAAGCAUUGGUGAAGGUGGAUUCUGGGAAGGCAGCACCCGAGGACUUGUUGGAUGGUUUCCCGCAGACUGUGUUGAGGAAGUGCAGUGUAAACCAAACGAAAGCAGACCAGAAACUCGAACGGAUAGAACAAAGAAAUUGUUUAGACACUACACAGUUGGAUCAUAUGACAGCUUUGAUGCUUUAAGUGACUGCAUUAUAGAAGAAAAGGCAGUGGUCCUGCAGAAAAAAGACAAUGAAGGUUUUGGAUUUGUGCUCAGAGGGGCAAAAGCUGAUACACCUAUUGAAGAAUUCACCCCAACUCCAGCCUUUCCUGCUUUGCAGUACCUGGAAUCUGUGGACGAAGGGGGAGUAGCAUGGCAAGCUGGCUUGAGAACUGGAGACUUCCUGAUUGAGGUUAACAGCGAAAAUGUAGUGAAAGUUGGCCACAGGCAGGUGGUGAACAUGAUUCGACAAGGGGGUAAUCACCUAGUUCUUAAGGUUGUCACAGUAACCAGGAAUCUUGAUCCAGAUGAUACAGCUAGAAAGAAAGCCCCACCACCUCCAAAGCGAGCUCCAACCACUGCAUUGACCUUGCGGUCUAAGUCAAUGACCUCAGAGCUUGAAGAGCUUGCUUCAGUACGGAAGAAGAAGGAUAAAGUGGAUGAAAUUGUACCAGUUUCCAAGCCAUCAAGAAUUACAGACAAUGUAACUGUGGACUCAAGAGUGGCAACGAUUAAACCGCGGCCUUCCAGUAGAUGCUUUCCUUCAGCUACAGAUAUGAAUUCCAUGUACGAUAGACAGGGUAUUGCUGUGAUGCCACCUACUGUACCUGGGACUCCUCAAGGUCUUUUUCUAGGUAUACCUCGGGGUACAAUGAGAAGACAAAAAUCUAUAGGCAAGAGUUAUGGGAUUGUAACGGCUAUGGAAAGUUGCCAGAAUUUUGGAAGGCCAGAAUUUUGGAAGUGCAAAGAAAAAGAAUUGAGGAAGAACUAUUGUGAUAAAUCAGCUAUAGCUAAGAGUCAUUCAAACGUGUGUAUUGACAUGAAAAUACCAUCAUCUGCUAUGCAAGGAAUAACAGAGGAAGAACGUCAAUUUUUGGCUCCUCCUAUGUUGAAAUUUACCAGAAGUCUAUCCAUGCCAGACACUUCUGAAGAUAUCCCCCCUCCACCACAGUCUCUACCCCCUUCACCACCACCACCUUCUCCCUCCCUUUAUAACUCUCCCAAAUCUCCAACAUCAAGAAGCUAUGGAACAAUUAAACCUGCAUUUAAUCAGAAUUCAGGUUCAAAGGUUUCUUCAGGUAGAUCUGAACAUAUGGGAACAAUAAUGAGGGACAAAGGGAUGUAUUACAGAAGAGAAUUGGACCGUUAUUCUCUAGAUUCUGAGGACUUGUAUAGUAGGAAUGUCGCAUUGCAGGCAAACUUCAGAAACAAGAGGGGUCAGAUGCCGGAAAACCCAUAUUCUGAAGUUGGGAAGAUAGCAAGCAAAGCAGUUUACGUGCCAGCCAAACCAGCAAGGCGGAAGGGAAUGCUAGUGAAACAGUCUAAUGUCGAGGAUAGUCCAGAAAAGACCUGUUCUAUUCCAAUUCCAACAAUUAUUGUGAAAGAACCAUCUACCAGCAGUAGUGGGAAAAGCAGCCAAGGAAGCAGUAUGGAGAUUGACCCUCAGUCUUCAGAGCAGCCUGGACAGCUCAGACCUGAUGAUAAUUUAAACGUCAGUAGUCCAUUUGCAGCGGCCAUUGCUGGAGCAGUGAGGGACAGGGAAAAGAGAUUAGAAGCUAGGCGUAAUUCUCCAGCUUUCCUUUCUACAGACUUGGGAGAUGAGGAUGUUGGCCUGAUGCCCCCAAUACCACGUAUGAGGCAGUCUAAAUUUACCGAUGAGGACGUAUUUAGUAAUGAAGAUAGUUUUAGGCAACUUAUGUCACCAUCUCCAAUUCCCGCACCUAGAGAAACUGAAAAUCUUUUUAAUAGUAGUGAACCUAGCAAUGAAAGUGAUGCAAGGACAUUAAACUCCUCAUCCAUAAAAAAAGUUACUGAAAACAAUAUGGUUGCAACUCAGACCGUUAAUGUGUCCAGUUCGGAUAAUUAUGUUCACCCACUCACAGGAAAGCUAUUAGAUCCAAACUCACCUCUAGCACUCGCGCUCUCUGCGAGAGAUAGAGCCAUGAAAGAACAAACGCAACAAACUCCAGGCAAAGGAGAAACCGGUAAAGCAGACCUUAAUAAACCACUUUAUAUUGAUACAAAGUUGAGAUCUAAUAAUGAAACAACAUUUCCUGUGACUGCUGCUGCUACCAGGCAAAAUACACGUGGCCCACUAAGAAGGCAGGAGACUGAAAACAAAUAUGAAACAGAUAUGGGGAAAGAGAAGAAGCCUGAAGAAAAGAAAAACAUGCUGAUAAAUAUUGUGGAUACUUCACAGCAGAAAUCAGCUGGUUUACUAAUGGUUCAUACUGUGGAUGCAGCAAAGUCUGAUGACACCCUUGAAGAUGAUGAGAAGAGAGUUGAAAUGGAAAUGAACCCAGAUAAUUCUCCAUCAGAGAUGCCAGAAGAUAGUGAAGAAGCAGAAAGUGGGUUGAAUGUAUCUGCUACACCUGAGCCACCUGCAUCUCCCUGCAAAACUAUUGUAGCAGCUAGCUCUGUUGAUGACCCUGUCAUUUUGCCAUUUCGCAUCCCUCCACCUCCUUUAGCAUCUAUUGAUAUUGAUGAAGAAUUUAUUUUUACUGAGCCAUUACCUCCUCCCUUAGAAUUUGCUAACAGUUUUGAUAUCCCCGAUGACCGUUCAGCUCCAGGUUCUGCUCUAACGGACUUACUUAAGCAAAGAAAAAAUGGAACACCUACAUCUGUUUCAUUUAACCCCAAUCAAUCAACAAAUUCUUUAGACAGUAAAAAACAAGUGGGUCUUUCAAACUGUUUGCCUGCCUCAUUUCUGCCACCCCCUGAAAGUUUCGAUCAUGUCACCGACUCUGGUAUUGAGGAGGUAGACAGUCGAUCUAGUAGUGACCAUCACUUAGAGACAACCAGCACUAUCUCAACAGUGUCCAGCAUCUCUACCUUAUCCUCUGAAGGUGGUGAGAACUUGGAUACUUGUACAGUCUAUGCAGAUGGGCAAACAUUUCUGGUGGACAAACCCCCAGUACCUCCUAAGCCAAAAAUGAAGCCCAUAAUCAACAAAAGCAAUGCACUUUACAAAGAUGCUCUAAUUGAAGAAACUGUAGAUAGCUUUGUUAUCCCUCCACCUGCUCCACCCCCACCUCCUAUCAUUGCACAGCCCAGUACGGCUAAAGUUUUACAGCAAAGGACCUCCAAGCUAUGGGGUGAUGUAACUGAGGUAAAAAGCCCAAUUCUCUCAGGCCCAAAGGCUAACGUUAUUAGUGAAUUGAACUCAAUACUACAACAAAUGAACAGAGAGAAAUCCUCAAAGCCAGGGGAAGGGUUGGAGUCGCCUACUGGAACAAAAACUGCAAGUCUCAGUACAAGGAGCACAGAAGUCAUGAGUUCUGUCUCAGGUACACGAAGUACAACCAUCACUUUUACAGUCCAGCCUGGAACCAGCCAGCCCAUCACAUUGCAGAGCAGGUCCACAGACUAUGACAGUAGGACAUCAGGAGUGAGACACGCUCCAAGCCCUGUGGUUUCACCGACAGAGAUUAGCAAAGACAUCAUGCCUGCUCCUCUGACUGCUGCUGCUUCAGCUUCAUCUCCUUCUCCAACUCUGUCUGAUGUAUUUAGCCUACCCAGCCAGCCUCCUUCUGGGGACUUAUUUGGCUUGAACACAGGACGCAGCAGGUCUCCUUCUCCCUCAAUAUUGCAACAGCCGAUCUCAAAUAAGCCUUUUACAACUAAGCCUGUCCACCUGUGGACUAAACCAGAUGUGGCAGAUUGGUUGGAAAGUCUAAACUUAGGUGAACAUAAAGAGACCUUUAUGGACAAUGAAAUAGAUGGCACCCAUUUACCAAACCUUCAGAAGGAAGACUUGAUAGACCUUGGAGUGACUAGAGUUGGGCACAGAAUGAAUAUAGAAAGAGCUUUGAAACAGCUACUGGACAGAUAAAAAUGGCUACUCUUGCCUCUCAAACUUCUGUUAUAAAUAGAGAUGGGCUGGUACUGAAAUACGCAAAAUGUCUUGGCUGUCUGUAAGUGCCAGCAAAAGAAGAAAAGGUUUAAUUUAGCUGCUGGUACCCAGUAAUGCAGACUGUAUGUUUAGUGCCCAAGCUUAAAUCCAAGUAAAUGAAAUUAAUGAGGCUAUUUUAUUUCAAAGGUGGGGGUGGGGAGGUGUGGGGUGGAGAUAGAGAAGAAAGAUAAUUGUUAACUUUGAAAUAUUACCUAUCCAUUUAUGAUGCCCUUCAGCUGGACCCAGAAUGUGUAAGUUUUCUUUUGGUUUAAAACCACAAGCAUUUCAUUUUUGAGCAGAAAUCACCUUAUUUUAUAUACACCUCUCCCCUGCCAUCCAGGGUAGUCCAUUCUUGAAACUCUUGUCAUGGAAUCUCAACAUUUUUUCCCUUUUUGGCUUUUUUAGAUAGAUCCUCACGUGCUUUACCUUUUUUUAACCAGCUUUUAAUUAAUAAAUAGCAGAUGCACUACUUCACCCCCUCUUUCACAAUGUCAUUUUGAUCCAGUGUAGAGCUUUGUUUUGUUGGCAGUGAAGCUGAUAGUGCUGUUGGAGACUCUUGUUCAAAGGUAACUGUUCUGCUUUACUUAGGUAUUUCUUUAUUUCUGCGUUUAUAUUUAGCACAAUUCCAAGGUAGCAGAACAGGUUUUAAACAUGCUGUACUGACCUGAUAAGUAGAAUGUGGAAACUAUGUAUAGACUGGAAGAGAAUUCGCACAGAGAUCCAACGAAAUGAGGCUAGUUUGAACCAGACAUCCCCAUUUUGCAACCAGAUAAACUGCUAAUGAAGCCCAACAUAUACUAUAUGAGCAGAUUAAAAUGUGGUUGUAAAGUGUGUUGGCUAUAAUGUGUCCAUGUGCAUCUUUUAGACUUUUAUAGUCAGAUUUUUCAAACAUGCUGAGCCCCCACAGAUCCUGCUUAAUUCAUUGAGUUGCAAGUACUCAACUCUGAAAAACUGGGAUAUAAGACAGGAUAUUGCUUCCAUGGAAGUUAGUGGGAAUGUUGGCACUGACAACUGGGAGCAGGAUUGGGGCCUGUUAGUAGAAAUAAAAAUGUUUCCGCACGUGAUCACCUACAGUUUAAAAAAUAUUUAAAAGGUAAAUGUUAAUGGGGGGAGAUGUGGUGUCCUAGAAUGCAAGUGUUCCAAAGGGUCAGGAAAACAGAGAGGUCCAGAUCUAUGGACUUGCUUCAUCCUUUCCUGGCUAGCCUGGGUUGGGCUAUUGGUGGAGGAAGCAUAGUCAAUGCCUAAGCAGGAGCAGAAAGCUUCCCAUCACUCUCUAGUGACUUCUUUACUGUGUUCCGAAAUUAUUAGUAGCAGGGUCCAUAGAGUGAUCCAUCAAGCCCUGAUCAGCAUUACAGACAAUUGGCCCACAUUGGGGUUGAUUGUUGACUGGUUCUGUGCUCUCUAUGUACUCUGAGCAUACACAGUUUUGGCAGAUUUGACUUUUUUUUUU